GGUGGCUGCGCUCUCCCCGGUCCUGUCUCAGUUCGGCUGCACGUCUCUGCUGCUGCUUUAAGACUGCAGAGCGCCCCAGCGGCCAGAGGCAGGGGAGGGGUCCCUGCUCGCCUCCGCGCUCGGCUUCACUCGCCCGGCUCGCAGGCAGGGAAGGUUGGCAGAGGGAUCCAUGUGACUGAGGCCGGAGCACGGCAAAGAUGAGCCUGCCCGCCCGCCUGCUGCCUGGAUGCGGAGGGUGAGGGCUGGCGCACGGGAGGCCGCUGGCUGCGCAUUCUGGGCACCGGGUGCCCGGGAUGAGCUCACGCCCGCGUCUGCGGCUCUCUCCACCUGCCGACCUGCCGGGGGCCCACUGAGCUGACGGCGCACCUGGGCUCCGGCCGCAGCGUGGGGCGCGGCGCCCGGGAGCAGGUGUGCAGGAGCGCAGCGCGCGGCGAGCGCAGCCCUCGCUCCGGACCGGCCGCGUCCGUCGUGCCGGGCGGUCUAGGCAGCGGCAGCGCGGCGCGGCGGCGCCGGGCGGCGCGUCCUCGCGGGCGGCGGGCGGCGGGCGGGCGGCGGCCCCCGGGCAGGUGCCGAGCGGCGAGCGGAGCCGGGCCGGGCGGAGCGCAGGGGGCAAGGCCGGCGCGUCGCUCGCGGGAGGCCGGGGAGCGGCAGGGGCAUGUGGAUACUGGCUCUCUCCUUGUUCCAGAGCUUCGCGAAUGUUUUCAGUGAAGACCUACACUCCAGCCUCUACUUUGUCAAUGCAUCUCUGCAAGAGGUAGUGUUUGCCAGCACCACGGGGACUCUGGUGCCCUGUCCCGCAGCAGGCAUCCCUCCUGUGACUCUCAGAUGGUACCUAGCCACGGGCGAGGAGAUCUACGAUGUCCCCGGGAUCCGCCACGUCCACCCCAACGGCACUCUCCAAAUUUUCCCCUUCCCUCCUUCAAGCUUCAGUACCUUAAUCCAUGAUAAUACUUAUUAUUGCACAGCUGAAAAUCCUUCAGGGAAAAUUAGAAGUCAGGAUGUCCACAUCAAGGCUGUUUUACGGGAGCCCUAUACAGUCCGUGUGGAGGACCAGAAAACCAUGAGAGGCAAUGUUGCGGUCUUCAAGUGCAUUAUCCCCUCCUCGGUGGAGGCGUACAUCACUGUCGUCUCAUGGGAGAAAGACACUGUUUCACUUGUCUCAGGAUCUAGAUUUCUCAUCACAUCCACGGGAGCCUUGUAUAUUAAAGAUGUACAGAAUGAAGAUGGAUUGUAUAACUACCGCUGCAUCACGCGGCAUCGAUACACCGGAGAGACGAGGCAGAGCAACAGCGCCAGACUUUUUGUAUCAGACCCAGCGAACUCGGCCCCAUCCAUACUGGAUGGGUUUGACCAUCGCAAAGCCAUGGCUGGGCAGCGUGUGGAGCUGCCUUGCAAAGCGCUUGGGCACCCUGAGCCAGAUUACCGCUGGCUGAAGGACAACAUGCCCCUGGAACUUUCAGGGAGGUUCCAGAAGACCGUGACGGGGCUGCUCAUUGAGAACAUUCGCCCCUCGGACUCAGGCAGCUAUGUGUGUGAAGUGUCCAACAGAUACGGAACGGCUAAGGUGAUAGGCCGCCUGUACGUGAAACAGCCACUGAAAGCCACCAUCAGUCCCAGGAAGGUUAAAAGCAGCGUGGGUAGCCAAGUUUCCUUGUCCUGCACCGUGACAGGAACUGAGGACCAGGAACUCUCCUGGUACCGCAAUGGUGAAAUCCUCAACCCUGGAAAAAAUGUGAGGAUCACAGGGAUCAACCACGAAAACCUUAUUAUGGAUCACAUGGUCAAAAGUGACGGGGGCGCAUACCAGUGCUUUGUGCGCAAGGACAAGCUGUCCGCUCAAGACUAUGUGCAGGUGGUCCUUGAAGAUGGAACUCCCAAAAUUAUUUCUGCCUUUAGUGAAAAGGUGGUGAGUCCGGCAGAGCCGGUUUCCCUUAUGUGCAACGUGAAGGGAACACCUUUGCCCACGAUCACGUGGACGCUGGACGACGACCCCAUUCUCAAGGGUGGCAGUCACCGCAUCAGCCAGAUGAUCACGUCGGAGGGGAACGUGGUCAGCUACCUGAACAUCUCCAGCUCGCAGGUCCGGGACGGGGGAGUCUACCGCUGCACUGCCAACAACUCGGCGGGAGUCGUCCUGUACCAGGCUCGAAUAAACGUAAGAGGGCCUGCAAGCAUUCGACCAAUGAAAAACAUCACAGCAAUAGCGGGACGGGACACGUAUAUUCACUGUCGUGUGAUUGGCUACCCGUAUUACUCCAUUAAAUGGUACAAGAACUCUAACCUGCUUCCUUUCAACCACCGCCAAGUGGCAUUUGAGAACAAUGGAACUCUUAAACUUUCGGAUGUGCAAAAGGAAGUGGACGAGGGGGAGUACACGUGCAACGUGUUGGUUCAACCACAACUCUCCACCAGCCAGAGCGUCCACGUGACCGUGAAAGUUCCACCUUUCAUACAACCCUUUGAGUUUCCAAGAUUCUCCAUUGGGCAGCGGGUCUUCAUCCCGUGUGUCGUGGUCUCAGGGGACUUACCCAUCACCAUCACUUGGCAGAAGGAUGGCCGGCCAAUCCCUGGGAGCCUUGGGGUGACCAUUGACAAUAUUGACUUCACAAGCUCCUUGAGGAUUUCCAAUCUCUCCCUGAUGCACAAUGGGAAUUACACCUGCAUCGCCCGGAAUGAGGCCGCCGCCGUGGAGCACCAAAGCCAGUUGAUUGUGAGAGUUCCUCCCAAGUUUGUAGUUCAGCCGCGGGACCAGGAUGGGAUUUAUGGCAAAGCUGUCAUCCUCAAUUGUUCUGCUGAGGGUUACCCUGUACCUACCAUCGUGUGGAAAUUCUCUAAAGGUGCUGGGGUUCCCCAGUUCCAGCCAAUUGCCCUAAAUGGCCGAAUCCAAGUUCUCAGCAAUGGGUCGUUGCUGAUCAAGCAUGUCGUGGAGGAAGACAGUGGCUACUACCUCUGCAAGGUCAGCAACGAUGUGGGCGCAGACGUCAGCAAGUCCAUGUACCUCACGGUUAAAAUUCCUGCGAUGAUAACAUCAUAUCCAAAUACUACCCUGGCUACGCAGGGGCAGAAAAAGGAGAUGAGCUGCACGGCGCAUGGUGAAAAGCCCAUUAUAGUCCGCUGGGAGAAGGAGGACCGAAUCAUUAACCCUGAGAUGGCCCGUUAUCUUGUGUCCACCAAGGAGGUGGGAGAAGAGGUGAUUUCUACUCUGCAGAUUUUGCCAACUGUGAGAGAAGAUUCUGGUUUCUUUUCCUGCCAUGCUAUUAAUUCUUAUGGGGAGGACCGUGGAAUAAUUCAGCUCACAGUGCAAGAGCCCCCAGACCCUCCCGAAAUUGAGAUCAAAGAUGUCAAAGCACGCACAAUUACGCUCAGGUGGACCAUGGGGUUUGAUGGAAACAGCCCCAUCACGGGCUACGAUAUUGAAUGCAAAAAUAAAUCAGACUCCUGGGAUUCUGCUCAGAGAACCAAAGAUGUUUCCCCUCAGCUGAACUCGGCCACCAUCAUUGAUAUCCACCCUUCCUCCACCUACAGCAUCCGCAUGUACGCCAAGAACCGGAUUGGCAAGAGCGAACCCAGCAACGAGCUCACCAUCACGGCGGACGAGGCAGCUCCUGACGGUCCACCUCAGGAAGUUCACCUGGAGCCUAUAUCAUCUCAGAGCAUCAGGGUCACGUGGAAGGCUCCCAAGAAACAUUUGCAAAAUGGGAUUAUCCGUGGCUACCAAAUAGGUUACCGAGAGUACAGCACUGGGGGUAACUUCCAAUUCAACAUCAUCAGUGUCGACACCAGCGGAGACAGUGAGGUUUACACCCUGGACAACCUGAAUAAGUUCACUCAGUACGGCCUGGUGGUGCAGGCCUGUAACCGGGCCGGCACGGGGCCUUCUUCUCAGGAAAUCAUCACAACCACUCUCGAGGAUGUGCCCAGUUAUCCCCCUGAAAAUGUCCAAGCCAUAGCAACAUCACCAGAAAGCAUAUCAAUAUCCUGGUCCACACUUUCCAAGGAAGCCUUGAAUGGAAUUCUCCAGGGGUUCAGAGUCAUUUACUGGGCCAACCUCAUGGACGGAGAGCUGGGUGAGAUUAAAAACAUCACCACCACACAGCCUUCCCUGGAGCUGGACGGGCUGGAAAAGUACACCAACUACAGCAUCCAAGUGCUGGCCUUCACCCGCGCAGGAGACGGGGUCAGGAGUGAGCAGAUCUUCACCCGGACCAAAGAGGAUGUUCCAGGUCCUCCCGCGGGCGUGAAGGCAGCGGCGGCCUCAGCCUCCAUGGUCUUUGUGUCCUGGCUUCCCCCUCUCAAGCUGAACGGCAUCAUCCGAAAGUACACUGUAUUCUGCUCCCACCCCUAUCCCACAGUGAUCAGCGAGUUUGAGGCCUCUCCCGACUCGUUUUCCUACAGAAUUCCCAACCUGAGUAGGAAUCGUCAGUACAGCGUCUGGGUGGUGGCUGUGACUUCAGCUGGAAGAGGCAACAGCAGUGAAAUCAUCACAGUCGAGCCAUUAGCGAAAGCUCCUGCGCGAAUCCUGACCUUCAGUGGGACAGUGACUACUCCAUGGAUGAAAGACAUUGUCUUGCCUUGUAAGGCUGUUGGGGACCCUUCUCCUGCGGUCAAAUGGAUGAAAGACAGUAACGGGACACCCAGUCUAGUAACGAUUGAUGGGCGGAGGAGCAUCUUUAGCAACGGAAGCUUCAUUAUUCGCACAGUGAAAGCAGAAGACUCUGGCUAUUACAGCUGCAUCGCCAAUAACAACUGGGGAUCUGAUGAAAUUAUUUUAAACUUACAAGUACAAGUUCCACCAGAUCAGCCUCGGCUUACAGUCUCCAAGACCACGUCUUCCUCCAUCACCCUUUCUUGGCUCCCUGGAGACAACGGGGGCAGCUCCAUCAGAGGAUACAUACUGCAGUACUCUGAGGACAACAGUGAGCAGUGGGGGAGUUUUCCAAUCAGCCCCAGCGAACGUUCCUACCGCUUGGAAAAUCUCAAAUGUGGGACUUGGUAUAAGUUCACACUGACAGCCCAAAACGGAGUGGGCCCAGGGCGUAUAAGUGAAAUCAUAGAAGCAAAGACCUUAGGAAAAGAGCCCCAGUUCUCAAAGGAGCAGGAGCUGUUUGCCAGCAUCAACACCACGCGCGUGAGGCUGAACCUCAUUGGCUGGAAUGAUGGCGGCUGCCCCAUCACCUCCUUCACACUGGAGUACAGGCCCUUUGGGACUACAGUUUGGACCACAGCUCAGAGGACCUCUCUCUCCAAGUCCUACAUCCUGUAUGACCUGCAGGAAGCCACCUGGUAUGAGCUGCAGAUGCGGGUGUGCAACAGUGCUGGCUGCGCCGAGAAGCAGGCCAACUUCGCUACGCUGAACUACGAUGGCAGUACAAUUCCUCCACUCAUUAAAUCAGUUGUCCAAAGCGAAGAAGGGCUGACGACCAACGAGGGGCUCAAGAUGCUGGUGACCAUCUCCUGUAUCCUGGUGGGGGUCUUGCUGCUGUUCGUGCUCCUGCUGGUUGUGCGGAGGAGGCGGCGGGAGCAGAGGCUGAAGAGGCUGCGAGAUGCAAAGAGUUUAGCUGAAAUGCUCAUGAGUAAGAAUACCCGGACUUCAGAUACCUUAAGCAAGCAGCAGCAAACCCUGCGAAUGCACAUCGACAUUCCCAGGGCUCAGCUUUUGAUUGAAGAGAGAGACACAAUGGAGACCAUCGAUGAUCGCUCCACGGUUCUGUUGACCGAUGCUGACUUUGGAGAGGCAGCGAAGCAGAAGUCCCUGACGGUCACUCACACGGUCCAUUACCAAUCGGUGUCUCAGGCCACUGGGCCCUUAGUGGAUGUUUCAGAUGCUCGGCCGGGAACGAAUCCCACCACCAGGAGGAAUGCCAAGGCUGGGCCCACAGCGAGAAACCGCUAUGCCAGCCAGUGGACCCUCAACAGACCCCACCCCACCAUCUCAGCACACACCCUCACCACAGACUGGAGGCUGCCAACACCCAGGGCUACAGGAUCAGUAGACAAAGAGAGCGACAGUUACAGCGUCAGCCCUUCGCAAGACACAGAUCGAGCAAGAAGCAGCAUGGUCUCCACAGAAAGUGCCUCCUCCACUUACGAAGAACUGGCCAGGGCCUAUGAACACGCCAAGAUGGAAGAGCAACUGAGGCACGCCAAGUUCACCAUCACAGAGUGCUUCAUAUCAGACACGUCAUCCGAACAGUUGACGGCAGGGACAAAUGAGUACACGGACAGUCUGACCUCCAGCACCCCUUCCGAAUCGGGAAUCUGCAGGUUCACUGCAUCUCCUCCCAAACCUCAGGAUGGAGGAAGAGUAAUGAAUAUGGCAGUUCCAAAGGCACAUCGGCCAGGUGACCUCAUACAUUUGCCUCCAUACCUUAGAAUGGACUUUUUGUUAAACCGAGGUGGUCCAGGCACCAGCAGGGACCUGAGCUUAGGACAAGCAUGCUUGGAACCUCAGAAAAGCCGGACCCUGAAGCGCCCCACGGUCCUGGAGCCCAUCCCGAUGGAAGCCGCCUCCUCCGCCUCCUCCACGAGAGAAGGACAGUCGUGGCAGCCGGGGGCCGUGGCCACAUUACCUCAGCGGGAGGGGGCAGAGCUGGGACAGGCAGCUAAAAUGAGCAGCUCCCAAGAAUCACUGCUCGACUCCCGGGGCCAUUUGAAAGGCAACAAUCCCUACGCAAAAUCUUACACCCUGGUAUAACAGACAGCAUGACUGGACAGCGGUUGUAAAUACAAUUCAAACAAUUCAAUCAAAGCUACCUUUUUUUUACGGAAUUCCAAUAUUUAUAAUUAAAGAAAAUUGCCAAAAUAUAUUAAAAAAAAAAGAGAGAGAAAAUACUGAAACCACAGACAGUGCAAAGACGCUCCUGCUUUUCUUCUGUCUGAGUGUGAGCUCCAUCCGCCUGGGCAUCUGAUUUUUUGGGAAAGAAGUCCAGUUUUAUGAUCUUCACAGGCUAUUGCAUUUUUACUGAUUUUCUACAAAAGUGCAUGGGGGGAUUAAUUAAACCUUCUGACUGGAAGUUCUAUCACACAAGAGGCAAGAAAGAAAACAGGGUGGGGGGGGAAAUUAGCCUAUUUGUGAUUUUAAAAGGAACACCGAUUUGCGGGCAGGGGAAAACUUCAGUCACGUUUGCACACCUUUCUUUCCCAUUAGAAACCGGGUUCUCAAUUUGGUCUUCUUUUGUUAAUUAGGAUGAGUGCCGUCAGUGAAGGGGUGGGGGGGAAUCAAUUUGAUUUUCUUUUUUGUUUCUUUUUUAAUUUAAUGAGACACUCUUUGCAUUUUGUCUAAGCGAAAUAAAAAAGAAAAGGUUGUCUGCCUUUAUUUCCAUGUCUGCUUCUCUCGUCUUCUACCAAGGGCCUGGUCCUCCUUCCCAUUGGUACUUCUGUUUGGAAACACCAGGCCUGAACCCAGAGCUCAAUUCAAUAAACCAGAGUCCAUAGUAACACCCUGAAUUCCUCAGGAAUCUCCAGGAAGCACAAAGAAGGUGCAGCUCCUGCUCUCAAGCUGGAGAGGACAAAAUGCAGGCUGGUCUCCACCGAAACCAGAGCCCAGCCCAAGUAUUCAAAGCCCCUCGCAAGGCUCUGUCCCUUGCCUGCCCAUGGCCAGGGUUCAACUAACUGUGACCUAUGGGCCAAAUCCAGCCACCUGCUGUUUUUUUAAAUAAAGUUUUAUUGAAACAAGACCACAUACACUAUUUGCUACUGUCUAUGGCUGUUUUCAUGGCACAAUGGUAGAGAUGAAUAGUUGUAAGAGAGAUGGUAUAGCCUAUGAAACCUAAAAUAUUUAUUACCUGGCCCAUUACAGGAAACAUUUGCCAACCCCUUGCUCUGGAGUCUGAAAUGUAGCCCCAGCCUGGGCACGAUCAUGCGUCCUACCCUGCAUGACUUUUCCUGUCUCCACUAUGCCUGGUAUCCAAAUUUGUGAUAGACCAUCUUAAUAAACAUUGUCUCAAUCCUCUGUAACCAGAGGAAAGUGAUGUUCCUCUAAAAUCUAAGUUUUUAGUUUCCCUUCCCCUAGUUUAUCUCCCAUGUGGCUCAUCCGAAGAGAGAAUUUACUCAUAAAUAGUUGGAACUGCAUUCUCUAUCCCACAACCCUCACACGGUUUGCUUUUGAAAGAGGAUGGAAUCCUCCCCUGGCUGCAACACUCCAUUCCAGGCUCACUUCCAUAGAAGUGAAAGAUAACCAGGUCUUCAUGUCAGAGAUUUGGCAUUAACCAGAAAACAUGAUCAAACGUCCGUGGCUGCUCAGUCUCCCAGGCCGAAGAUUCUCUACAGGCUUCCAUUAAGGCCACCAACAUAGACUGGUGCCAGUUAUUACCAUCUUGGGAACGCAUUCAGAAAUGACUUUCCUUCCCUCCCUCCCUCCUUUCCCAUCCUUUCUUCCAUUUAUUUUCUAGGCAGGCCCAUCUGCCUGCUUAGAUUCAGUGACACAGAAUGUGUCCAGGACCACGUCAAGACCACCUGCUGGUGCUGGUGUUAGAUGACUCCAUGAAUGUGAGGUGUGCAUCCAUGGCUUCAGAGUUUAAUCCGUGUUGACAUGUACUGUUUGCAUAUUCUCAGACUGUUUUUUUUUUAUGCAAAAGAAAUGAAAUGCUACUUUCUGGGCAAAAAAUAAAAUAAAAGUCUAUCUUUCAUCAACCUAAAACUUCUAUAUCCCCCAAACAUAGAAGUUUACCUUUGUAACAUUUUUCUCUCAACCUGUACAAAAAUAAAAAAAUUCUACAUUA